GUUUGGUACGUGUAGGUUUCUGUGGCUGUUGUUUAUGCGGAUUGGUUAUUUUUUAAACAAGCUGUUUUACUGACAUGUAACAGAUUGUAACAGAUCAAGGAUGUAACUGACCACUGAACACAAAAUAUCUCGUCCGUCCUUGCAGGGGAAUUACAGCCAAACUAACAACGAAUAUGGGGAAGAAAGAUGCUACCAGCAACGUAAACACCGGGACCCACGUCCCACCAGUCGAACAGUACCGGAAACACAUAGGUAAACAGGAUUAUAAAAAGUCAAAGAAAGACACAAAGGCACAAAAGAGACAUGCUGACCAGAAGCAAUCUGUAUUAGGUAUUCAGGAGGUGAUUCUGAUCGUGGGAGCCAUGUUCGGCCUGGUGGCGGGUGUGUAUCUGCUCAUGUACUGGUACCUGGGGACGUGGGAAAGCGCAGCCGUUGAUGAAACGCCCAACUAACAAUAACGUGCAAUAUUUCACUCUUCAGUCUUCGUGCAGCUCCGUGGUGCUUCGAUUUUAAUUACAAUGAUUUUUAAUAUAUAUCCCAAUGUCCCAUCCACAUCCUCUUGUGGACAAUAUAGAAUGCCCUCCAAAACAUGAUGGGCCAAAUUUAUGAAGCCUGAUUUUUCUUAAAUGCAGUGUUUCAGCACUGUAAAAAGAUGUGUUCCCUCCAAAUACUGCCACAUUACCCCCACCAAUAUACAUUUUGUGAGAUAAUAGUAGGCUCAGCAAACGCCGUCCUUUAUGUUGCCCAGUGGUAGAUCCAAGGGUGGAAGAGUUAAAUGGUUUACUGAUCAGUCCAGUAAUAAUAAUUAAUGAUGACGUUACAGGCCAACAAAUAUUAUGUCGGGAGAAGCCAGUAAAUUAUUUUUUCCCUCACAUCAAAUAAAACCUUUAAUGUCUCCAAUACAUUAAACAGACUGACCAGAGUUUGCUGCCAUGGUAACAUGUUUCUGACUGCCAAUUUGUUUUAUUUACUGCUGUAUAACAUUAAGUUUGACCAAUUACUGUGAAACCCCUCUAAACCGGACACCCUUGGAACCAAGACAAAUGUCCAGUUUUUGAGGGAUCAGGUUUACAGAGGUUAAGUUCAGUCCUGGUUUUUAAAAAGGGACUCUAUGAAACGUCUGGUUUUGAGGGAAUUCUAGUUUACAGAGGGUCCGGUCUUGAUACACCACUCAGUUCUAUACAAUUUCUAUGUCAGAAUACAACAUGUGACUACUAAUUGUAGGGAGUACUCUCCAUUGAUAACUAACUUGCAAAAAAUCAACACAUAUUGUCAGUUAUCUCCUCGUAUGCCAGAGAGCACUGCCUCAUUUUGCUGUUGUACAUGUGGCAAUAUACCAUAUAUAUAUAUAUAUAUAUAUAUAUAUGUAUGUAUGUAUUUAUGUCUGUGUGUGUGUGUGUGCGUGCAUCCAUCCAUCCAUCCAUACAUAGAUAUAUAUACUCUUCAGAAAAA